AUGUCGCGGGGCCCCGCCGCGGCGGUGCGGCUGCUGGCGCUGCUGGUCUGUUUGAAUUAUGGAAAUGGACUCUAUGUGAAGGUUUAUAAUCGAAAUGUCAGGAGUGGCGUGUUGUCUCACCCCAACAGCCUAGUCAGACAGAAGCGAGAAUGGACAGUCCCUCCGGCUUUCAUACGGGAAGAAGAGGACAAUUCCUAUAAGAAUCCAAUUGCUAGAAUACAUUCUGAUCUUGAAGAUACAGGGGUGGUGGUGACUUAUACUAUAUCUGGUCAAGGAGUAACAGAACCCCCUUAUGGAUUAUUUGUUAUCAAUGGAAAGACUGGAGACCUGAACAUAACAGGAAGGGUUGACAGAGAAAAGACUCCAAUGCUGCUUCUCAGAGGUCAUGCACUGGAUAAGACUGGAGCAAAACUGGAAGAUCCAAUAGACCUCCCAAUUAAAAUAGUGGAUAUAAAUGACAAUUUUCCAGUGUUUUCACAUGAAGUUUUUGUUGGUUCAAUUGAAGAAUUAAGUGAAACAGGUACAUUUGUAAUGAGGAUAAAUGCAACAGAUGCAGAUGAACCAAAUAACCUAAAUUCCAAAAUCGCUUUCAGGAUCAUUUCCCAAAGCCCUAGUGCUGCAUUCAGUAUGAAUAAGGAUACUGGCGAGGUUCGAGUAGCAAAAAUAAACCUUGACAGAGAGACACAGAAUAGCUAUUCAUUGGUGGUGGAAGCAAAAGACCGUGGUGGUGAAUUAGGUGGGAAUGCUGCAACAUGUUCUUUAGAAAUCAAGAUUUUGGAUGUCAAUGACAAUCUGCCUGUAGUCGAAAGUCGUACAUUUGAAGGAAGCAUUGAAGAAAACAGAGCAAAUGUGGAAAUCAUGCGAAUAAAAGUAUUUGACAAAGAUGAAGAGUUUUCUGAUAACUGGCUGGCGAACUUUUCAUUUGUUUCUGGUAAUGAAGGUGGCUUUUUUCGUAUAGUAACAGAUACUCAAACAAAUGAAGGAAUUUUGACUCUUGUGAAGGAACUGGAUUAUGAAAAAAUGAAAAGCCUAAACUUGGGCAUUGUUGUUACAAACAAAGCAGAGUUCCACAAGUCAAUUAAACACAGUUAUAAAGCACAAACAAUUCCAAUCAAAAUUAAUGUGAUUAAUGUGCGGGAAGGCCCUAUAUUCCCUGGUGGCACAAAAAUUAUUGAAGCAAGUGAGAAACUGCAGAUAAGACAGGUUAUUGGACAGUAUCAAGCCUAUGAUGAAGACACCGGAAAAAUAGCAGGGCACAUUAAAUACAUGAAAGGAAGAGAUACAGCAAACUGGAUCACAAUAGACUCAGUCACAGGUGAAAUACGACUGGCCAAAGAACUCGAUUACGAAUCGUCUCAUGUAGUAAAUGGUACCUACACUAUCACCAUGUUGGGUGUAACUACUGAUUUUCCUAAGAAAACAGUCACCGGCACAGUCAUGAUUCAAGUUAAAGAUGAGAAUGAUAACUGCCCAGUUAUUGUGAACCCUGUGCAGACUGUGUGUUCAGAUGCAAAAUUAGUUGAUGUUACAGCAAAUGAUUUGGAUGGUUACCCAAACAGUGAUCCCUUCAGCUUUACUGUCAUUGAUGAGCCAGAAGGGACAGCAAAAAAAUGGAUAAUUGCAUCCACAAAUGGCACCAGCAUGCAGCUGGUACCACAAAACCUGAAGCCGGGCAGAACUCAAGUUCCCAUCCUAGUAAAGGAUUUCCAAGGGUUCAGCUGUGCUCAGGCACAGUCUCUGCAGCUGACUGUUUGUAAGUGUGCGGAUGAUGGCGUAUGCAAAGACAAAGUUACUGGCGCUAAGUUGGUGGGUCUGGGACCAGGAGCGGUUGUGCUGAUCAUCUUGGCGUUUUUACUUUUGCUGCUUAUUCCACUGUUACUGCUGCUGUGUCCCUGUGGCUCGGGAGCGAAGGGAUUUGCUGCGAUACCAGACUACAGUGAAGCGAUGUUGCGUCAGUGGAACAGCGAAGGGGCAGCUCCUGAGGAGAAGCCAGUGCUAAGCCUCAUCCCACCCACUGCACUGGGGAACGCCAGAGGAGCAACCAGUGGAGGAGCAACCAGCGGAGCAGCAACAGCAGCGGCAGCAGCAGCAGGAAUGAGUGGAGAGGAAACUGCAGCAGGAGGAGGCAGCUCUGCCUCUGGUGUAAGAGAGCAUCGCAACACUAUUACCAAGGAAAGAUGGGAAGAGCAAAGACAUCUCCUUUCUGGUACUGAAUAUGGAGCCAUGGCAGCUGGAGCGGCUGAAAGCACUGGAGGUGUAGAAGGCAAGACAGUGGUGACUGCAGGAGGAGUUGUGGUGGGAGCGGCAGGAGCCAUGAAUGAAGAAUUUUUAAGAGACUACUUCAAUGAUAAAGCUGUCUCUUUUGCGGAUGAAGAUGAAGCCCAAGCUGCAAACGACUGUCUCCUGGUCUAUUCCCAGGGAGAGUCAGGCUCCCCCCACGGCUCCAUCGGCUGCUGCAGCUUUAUUGAGGGUGAUCUUGACGACCACUUUCUUGAUGAUUUAGGAGACAAAUUUAAGACUCUAGCAGAAAUAUGCAUAGGCAGACACAUCAACAUGAAAGACAGUAGCUCCAGGAAUGAAUCAGGUUUCGGUCUUAAUGACACAAAGCCGCAGUUCUUAGAUCAGCAAAAUGCUUCCAGCUCCAAACAAGCCUUUGCCUCGGGCAGCUGCUUUCAGCCCGCCCCACCAGUGCAGGUGGGCGGUGGCACAGGAGAAGACAGCAUGUCCGAGGGGGUGGUCACCGAAACAACCUUUGCAUCCCACUCUGUGCAGCACGAUGCCCAGCCCCUUCCCACAGCCCACGCAGAGACCAAUUUCACCAUGACAGAAACGUCCUACUCUGCAGGGGCUCCUUCCCGCUCAUCUGCUGCCUUUCUAGAUCCCCAGUUUAAGGAGAAUGUAGUGGUGACAGAGAGAGUACUGGCACCUGCAUCAAGCUUGCAGGGUAUGGUGGAAAUCCCCAACUUGCCACAUGGAAGUAAUGUGGUGGUUACGGAGAGGAUGGUGAACUCGGAGGGUGCCAGGCCAGGAGCCCUGAUAGUUCAGGAUCUCCCUGAGUCCCAGUAUGUUGUGGUGAGGGAGCGGGAGAGGGUGCUUGUGCCUGCUGCAGAGCAGGGUUCGCUCAGCUUCCCCGCUUUGGCAGAGGGGCACACUGUGGUGGUGAACGAAAGGGUGGUGACAGCCUCAGGGAUGCAGAGCAGAGCUGAACAGGCGGCGGGUGCCGGCUCAGGAAGGCAAGAGCAUGUGUUGAUCACAGACUCCGUGCUUAACCAGGUGGGCUCCAAUUUAGAGGGGCCGCCUCCUGCCAGCGCCACGUUGAGCAAGUCUUCCAGGGUCACCAAAUACAGCACAGUGCAGUACACUCGCUCGUAG